AUGGCCUCCCUCAGCCUCCAACUUAUAGGCUACAUCCUGGGCCUUCUGGGGCUGUUGGGCACGGUGGUGGCCAUGCUGCUUCCCAGCUGGCGAACAAGCUCUUACGUUGGUGCUAGCAUUGUGACAGCAGUCGGCUUUUCCAAGGGCCUCUGGAUGGAGUGUGCCACUCAUAGCACAGGCAUCACCCAGUGUGAUAUCUACAGCACCCUUCUAGGCCUGCCUGCCGACAUCCAGGCAGCCCAGGCCAUGAUGGUAACGUCCAGCGCCAUUUCCUCACUGGCCUGCAUUAUCUCUGUGGUCGGCAUGAGAUGCACAGUCUUCUGCCAGAACUCCCACGUCAAAGACAAAGUGGCUGUGGUGGGCGGAGUCUUAUUCUUCCUUGGGGGCCUUUUGGGCUUCAUCCCGGUUGCCUGGAAUCUUCAUGGAAUCCUGCGGGACUUCUACUCCCCACUGGUUCCUGACAGCAUGAAAUUUGAAAUUGGAGAGGCACUUUACUUGGGCAUUAUUUCCUCCCUGUUCUCCCUGGGAGGUGGAAUCAUCCUCUGCUUUUCCUGUACGUCCCAGCGAAAUCGCCCCAACUACUAUGAUGCCUACCAGGCUCAGCCCCUCACCACGAGGAGCUCUCCAAGGCCUGUUCAACCAUCCAAAACCAAGAAUGAGUUUAACUCCUACAGCCUAACAGGGUAUGUGUGA